AUGAUUUUGGCCGCCGAUAACUACAGUAAGGCUAACAAAAAAUAUUGCGAUAAGGAUGGUAAGUUGAGAAAGCGCUGGAUCAACUGGGCCAGUAUUUAUCACAAAUGGGUUAAAUGCACUCAAAGGGCAUUAGAGGUAUUUGUGGCCGUAUUGGGGCUAUCGUUAGCCGCACCCAAAAAGAGGUCCGAAGAUAAAAAUUGCAAGAAGGACGAUUUUGACAAACACGCCAGCAACGUGUUCGGCCAGUUUGGUCUAGAUGAACUCAGUUUCCCGGAGACCAAGUCACAAUUGACCGGAUAUUGCAAGAAAGCCAAAGAGAGCACAGAGUUCUCAAAACAAUACGGAGUGAAUUGCCUGAAGAGCACAUCUCAAACCCUGAUGAGUUUGGCCAAUUAUAACUUUGACAAAGUGAACAAGGCCUAUUGCGCCAAGAAUGGUAAACUGAAAGACGCCUGGGUUAGUUGGGGCAAGUGCGGCAACCAGGCCAAAUCCAAAACAGUCAAAUGCUGGGACAGCAUGAUAGUGACCAUGGCCAAUGCUAAAAAGAUUCAGAAUAGCAAACUCCGAAUUCCCACCGUAUGCUGCAACUAUUACCGGUGGAUUAAAUGCACCCGUAAAUCGUUUGAGGACAUGGGAGAAAAGGUUUGCUCAAAAGAGGCUGUCGAGGGCUAUACGGCGCACAUUCAUAAGGCAUCUGUCGACUCUAUGAACCUGAUCUGUUCACGCUACGAAGACAAUCCGACCAAGUGCGAGGCUAACUUUAAGGAGGUGCCCAAGACCAAGCCCAAACGCUUGGACAAAAUGCCCUUGCUCUAUGUGUUUGACCUGUUUGACUCGCUGUAAGGUUGUAAUCUAGAUAUAAUUUGUUGCAGGUUACUUUUUCAGGUAUAUUUUGUGAAGCUAACUUUAUUGAAU